CUCUUCAGUGCUCCGGUGGACUGAUUCACUUAGAGUCGUUUCCUUUCACCCUCCUGCUGCCAGGUACUUUUUUAAAAAAACAUGAUCAGAAGGACUGGACCGUUCCCUCCUCUAUUGUGAUUGGAGCCCACCUCCUGCUUCCUGUCUGCUAUUUCCCAUCUGUAAACAGUUCUGGGAAGACAGGAUCCAGAGACGAGUUUGCAUAAAAGGAGGAAAGGCAGACGAGCUUGAGUGCCGAGAAAUGAAGUGGCUGGGGAGAAGUUAUCUGGAACUGAGUGCAAUUAUUUAACCACCUCUGGGGAAAAGAAAGAAACCACAGCCGGAGAAAGAUUUUUAUUUUUAUUUAUUUUACUUUCACUUUUGGAGCUAGCGAUCGUCGAGCUGUGACUGCUUCGUUUGACAGGACUCAGAUAUUCAGGGAGAGGGCUGGCAAGUUUGGUCUCGUUUGGCUGAAGGCCCAGAGGGCAAAGGCAGUGGGAGCAGUGGGAACUUCAGAAUGCAAUGUGCUCGGUGCUGGGAAUAUGGAGUCCAGAAAUCCUGGAUCUAUAGGAACCGAAGGGAGGUAAACACAAGAUUGCAGUAACUACAGGGUAAUGACCUUCGUCUGCCUCGUGACUGGAUGAAAUUGGAACCCUCCUUCUUUCAGCACCAUGCAUCUGAGCUUCUGCAUCUUCCUCGCAACACAGCUGCUUCUCUACCAGGAAGUCUCCUCCUGUACUGAUUCAGAGUACAAUAUCCGUGGCGAAUGCUGCCCCAGGUGUAAUCCAGGAUACAGAGUCGAGAGACACUGCACAUCUGGUUCCAGUACAACGUGUGUUCCUUGUGGUUGGAGGACAUACACGAACCAGUCAAACGGGCUGACAAAGUGCUUUAAAUGUCAAGAAUGUGAAUCAGCAGGAGCCCAUCUAAGAGUUAAAGAAGAAUGCACGUAUACAAAGAACACAGUCUGCUCUUGCAAGCCUGGGUAUUAUUGCACUCAGUUCAUUGACCACGACUGCGAACAGUGCUCAAAGCACACCAUUCCUCCACCUGGUUUUAUGGUGACACAGCCAGGCACAGAAACCAAUGACACCCAGUUCGUACCCUGUCCUCCUGGGACCUAUUCAGAGACUGAGAUGUCCACCUCCUGUGAACCUUGGACUAAUUGCAGUAAGGCAGGCAUGAUAGAAGAACGAGCCGGCACAGCAGUUUCCAAUGCAGUUUGCGCAUGUGUUGGCCAGAAACAGGUGCCUGUGCCGGUAUUUGUAGCUAUUACUGCCAUUCUUGGUCUGCUGGUCCUUGCCUUAAUAUGUGGCUUCAUAAUAUGGCAAUGGAGGAAGCGCAUCAAAAAACGUGCUGCCAGAGUACAAGAGGAACAACGAAAUGGAAAUUAUCUCCCUGUUCAAGAGAAUGACAAUAUGGUGGCACCUAUGCAGGAAACGGGUCAACACCCUGGAGAACCAGCAUUCACAAUGGCAUGAGUGACCAGAAUUUUUGGUUCAGGAAGCCCUGGUGCACCUUGCAAGCAACAGCCGUGGACAUAUGCACUGGAUGAACUUUUAGAGAAGGGGAAACACAUUAGUUAAUGCAAUAUAAAACAGGAAGUGGCUAUUUUCCCCUCUGAGCUUCUCAUCAUCCAUCUUGAAGAGGCAAGUUUCAGUGACGAAAGUGGAAGAUGUGGAAAUCUUCACUGAAGGACAGAUCAAGGCUGAAGAGAGAACAUAUCUAGGGGAAAAGGAGAAGACCAUCAAACUAUGAAAUUCAUACCAGAAGAUAUAGUGAUGGCCACCAACUUGGAUGACUUUAAAAGACAAAUUCAUGAAGGAAAUGGAUUUGUAUGGACACUAUUCAGGUCCUGCUUGUAGCUAUCUGGUUGGACAUUGCGAGAACAGAAGGCAGGGCAUAUUGGCCUUUGGUCUGAUCCCCAGCAGGGCUCUUCUGGUAUUCUGAAAGAAGGCAGAGUGUUUCUGACACAGGAGGUUCACUACAUCAAUAAAACAAUGCAUUUCCCAGG